AUGGAUAAUGACAGUGUUGUAUUAAUGUCAGCAAAUAUGUUGCCACAAUCAUCAAAUGAAUUAAAUGUACACUCUGGUGGAAAUCCACUAAAUCCACGACCAAUAUCGCCGAAUCAUUCAACAUCACCUACACAUAGUACAAUCGAUAAUCUUGUUUCACAACCACUCACUCCUAUUCCUAAUGGUGGACAUGAGAAUCAAACUGUCGUUGAUGGUAAUGUUGAAGCGCAUAUUGAUUUCUCUUAUAAAAAUGCCAUACCACCAACGUAUACAAAUGGAGAUGUUCAUGAACAAAAAAUACUUAACGAUGUUCCAAAUGGUCAUAAUAAUUUACACUCAAUGAAUAUCGUUGAAAAAUAUGAUGAUGAAAAUAAUCAUAAUGAAAAAUCUCGUUCAUGUUGUACAACAUUAAACAAAUUAUGUUUAUUUCUUGCUAUUUUAUGUUUUGCAUUAUUUCUUGUUGCAUUAGCGUAUAUUAUUGCCAAUAUCGAAAAGCUCAAUGGUAAAUAUGAUCAACGUUCAACAAUUUAUCCAACAUACAUAGCAAAAGAUGAUCAAUGGAAUGAACCAAUAUCUGCACCUUAUUAUAAUCUGACACGAAAUAAUUUCACAGUUAUAUUGGGUCGCCGCGGUGCAAAAAUUCAUGAUAUUCUCAUUCCACAUCGAUCGAAUAGUCGUGGUGAUAAUUAUCGAUCAAUUGUUUUACAUGUUAAUAAUUAUGCUACAUCAUCGAUUCCAUUUGGUUCUGUUCGUUUUGACCCGGAAUUUAUUCAUGGUGAUAGUUAUAAAUUACCAUCGGAUUAUCCAUUUUUCAAUGCAAGUGAACAAAACUGGGAAAUGCAUGUUGAUCAGGAAAAUCCAAAUCGUGUACGAUUUGUCUAUCCAAAACAACAUCAGUCUGAAGUAAUUUAUGAAUUACUCCCAAAUAAUGAAUUAGUUAUCAGUUACAUAGCCUAUCCAAUGAACGAUGAUCGUGAAUUGUUGGUGGAUAUGACAAAUUAUGUUUAUUUCAAUUUACGUGGUUAUGGUGAUAUGUCAACUCAUCAUUUAAGAGUGAAUGCCAGUCGUUUUGUAGAUCCACAAAAUGUUAAUGAUGCGGGAAAUAAUCACUACAAAUCGGUGCCAUUUAAUACUGAACAAGCAGUAAAUGAGACAAAAAAUUUUUAUUUUACUGAGCAUUAUGGAAUUGGAAAAAAUUUCAUCGCCGAAUUAAGUGAAAAAGAAACGGGAACCCGUGUUAGAAUAUUUGGCGAUCAAGCAGGAGUAUACAUCGAUCCAUUGAUGAAAUUAACAGAACAAAUAAAUGGUACAAUGCUAACACGAAAUGGUAUCUCAAUUCGUCCAAGACAAUCACCUAUUCAUCAAUAUGAUCCUUUAUUUGGUGAAAUUCGACUUCUAAAACCAUCGCACUAUUCUCAUACACAAUGGUGGCAAUUUGAAUUUUAA